CCCCCACCAGUGUCUCCACGGUGGGCUCGCGCUCCCACUGAGCCCUGCAGGUGAAGCACCCCGACCAUCCAGAGAGGAUGAAGAAGCACCGGGACCAGAACCACCCUGCGGAUGUCAGCGCGGACUGAACCACGCCGAACUCGGAGUGCGAGCAUCACCACCAUGGCAUCCUUACUCACUCACCUGCUCCUGGUCUCCCUCCUGCCCCUGGACCGGGCCUCUCCGCUCCACCCUCGGGUCCCCACGUUGGUGCCUCAUGCCCCACGACCCCUCACACGCUCCCGCUUCAGUUCCCACACCCAGCUUGACUUCACCACCCACUGCAAUGCCAGCUGCUUCCACAGGAGGGAGCAGCUCACCGACGUGCUGGACUUCGAGACCCUGUACUCGGACGGGUCCCGUACUCUGACCGCCGUGGAUGUGGAAGGUGAGGAGGCCGGGACGAAACCGCCCAGGCGUAAACGGGUGCGGCGGCAGAUUUACGGAGCAGACGGACGCUUUAACAUCCAGGGAGACCACUUUCUAUUGGACUACCCCUUCUCCACGGCUGUAAGGAUCUCUACGGGCUGCACUGGUGUUCUGGUGUCUCAGCGUCACGUUCUGACGGCGGCCCACUGUGUGCAUGACGGGAAGGAUUAUGUCAAAGGAGCGAGGAAGCUGAGGGUGGGCUUCCUGAUCCCCCCGUCCGUCAACAGCACCGGGGCGGAUCUCGCCUCCGCCAAGCCUGUGGUGCGCUGGGCCAGGGUCAAGCGCACUCGUGUUCCGAAAGGGUGGAUCCAGGGCCCGCAGGACGUCAGCAUGGACUUUGACUACGCUCUGCUGGAGCUGCGGUGGCCUCACCGCCGGCCCUACAUGCGCCUCUCAGUGGCGCCAUCUCUGGACGAGCUGGCGGGGAAGCGGAUCCACUUCUCAGGCUUCGACAGCGACCGACCAGGUGAGCUGGUCUACAGGUUCUGCCCAGUGGAGGAAGAGUCCAGUGACCUCAUUUACCAGCACUGUGACGCCCGACCCGGAGCGAGUGGCUCCGGCGUAUAUGGACGAGUGUGGGACGACUCUCUGGAGCGCUGGGAGAGGAAGGUCAUCGGCAUCUUCUCUGGACACCAGUGGCUGGAGAUAGAUGGAGAGAACAAGGAUUACAAUGUGGCAGUGCGCAUCACCCCGCUGAAGUUCGCUCAGAUUUGUUACUGGGUGCAUGGCAACCGCCUGGACUGUGUUCAGGGCUGAAGGAUCUGCAGGACGCCAGGUUUCACUCUGCCACUCCUGACUUGUCCUCCAUGCUCUGAAACCUCUUCAAACAUGGCAGACCGUUCUUAAUAUAAACACCAGAUUGUGCUCUUUUUUUGGAAAAUAAAGAAGUUUGUUAAUUUUAUUUUUGGAGAAAGAAAAAAGCUUUUCAUAUAUUUUAAUAAACAGAGA